CCCGGCUGGUCACAUGAUGGCUCCCUGGGAGUGGGCUGCAGCAAAGCCUGCCAGCCCCACUUUAAGGAAGCCAGCUUUGCUGCAUAUGGCAGAGCCUGCAACACAUGUAACCACUGAGUUUUAGUGGUUACAUGAUUACAUGUUUAAACUACUUGCUACAUCUCUAGUGUAUGGCAAAAGUGGCUUCAAGUCACCUUUACAAUUCCCUCUUUCUGGGACCAUCAAACUUUCGGCCUGGUAGAGUAGCUUCAGAGCAGCCUGUGGCCAGCAUAUUUCAGCAGCUGAAGAUUACCAGGCAUGGAGAUGCUUGGGGAAGGAGAGGAAAUGGGAAGACACAGAAGUCACUGUCACCACCGUACGAUAACACAGGGGAAUAUAUUGGUCAAAUCCUAAUCUGUGUUUCAAAGUGCAACCAGUGCUUAGUAUUUGCUAUUCAAUAGCUCACUUCCUUCCAUGUGCAUGAUUAGAUUUUUUUUAAAAAAGUGUUUUGUAGUUUUUUCCCCUCAGAUUUUUAAAAUUCUGAUUUAAUUUUUACUACUUAAGCGGCCUGACUAAUGAGCAUGUCACUUACCUUGGAUAUUAGAUUGAGCAGUUUCACCUUUUGGUCAGUUUCAGACCCCAGUACUUAUGUUCUAGCCUAGAGGGUCUCCAUUUUUUUCUGUACCAGGUGUAACUCAGCACCAUUUUAAUUUGCAGUAAGGGAAGGGCAGAGAUGAUGGUAAUUACCUGCAGAGUUGAAAUUCACUCCAUGGUGAGAAUCCAGACAUGUAAAAUCCUUUUUUCUUUAAGUUUCCAAUGUUACAGGGUACAAUUUUUUAAUAGCCAUUGAAUUUCAGAAAAUUUCUAAAGGCCUUAUUUUAAAAUGAUAUCUUCAUUUGGGACUCAGAUCUUUCUUUAGGUUAUGUAGACAGUAUAACUACUACACCAUUUAUGUUUGAGCAGAAGUGAGGAUUUCAGCUGGGGUAAUUGCACAUCUUGAAUUUGCAUACUUGAUACCGAUGUACAUAGUCCAAGUAGUAAUACAGUUGCUAAACUGGAUGCUAAAGAGUGCUUGCAUAUGGGGGAGUUUAUCAUGAUAAUAAACUUGUUUUUCCAUGGUGUAUUCCUCCAUUACAGACCGCUUCCUUUCCGCGAAGCUGGAAGACAACCUGUUUUACAUCAAGUAGUUCUUCCGACACCGUGAACCAGAAGUGGGGAGGAGUGGGGUGGUACAUGGGGAGGGUCACAAGCUCCCCUGCUUGGUUUAUGCUGAGCAAACUCAGUCACAUUGCUGAAGCCAGCUGCCUUCACUUUGGCCCCCAUUCCCCUUCAGACACACAUUACCCCUUCCAUGAGCCAUGCAGCCAUCUAUCUUAGGUUCCUAUAUGGUCCCAUCACCUGAGUGUCUGAUCCCUCUUGAUCUUGAAUAUGUUUUUUCUCACAACAGUCCUGGGAGGCAGAGACUGACGGCAUAUCCCCCUUUUACAGCUUUUGACCUUUCUUGGAGUGCUGAGGCCCCUGCCUAUGCAGAAUGGACCCUGUUGUUCUGAGUUAUGUGGACAGCUUGCUGAGGCAGUCGGAUGUGUCCUUGCUGGAUCCCCCCAACUGGCUUAAUGACCACAUCAUUGGAUUUGCCUUUGAGUACUUUUCUAGUGACCAGUUCCAAGACUUUUCCGAACAAGUAUGCUUUGUCAGUCCCGAAGUGGCUCAGUUCAUCAAGUGUGCCACCAGCCCAGAGGAAGUUGCUGUGUUCCUGAAGCCGCUGCGCCUCCCGCACAAGGAGGUGGUGUUCCUGGCCAUCAAUGAUAAUUCCAACCAGGCUGCUGGGGGCACCCAUUGGAGCCUGUUGGUUUACUUCCGGGACAAAAACUGCUUUGCUCAUUAUGACUCCCAGAGAAAGAGCAACUCUGCUCAUGCCAAGCAGGUGGCAGGGAAGCUGGAGACAUUUCUGGGCAAGAGAGGAGGCAGAGUGGCCUUUGUAGAGGAGAAGGCCCCUGCCCAGCAGAACAGCUAUGACUGUGGAAUGUAUGUGAUCUGUAACACAGAGGCUCUGUGUCAGGGGUACUUCAGGGGCCUGCAGGAGUCAGUCCUGCAGCUCCUCACACCUUCAUAUAUCACGCGGCGGCGGUCAGAAUGGAAAGCUCUCAUUGCCAGACUUGCUUGCAAAUGAUUGAAAUGUAUUUGCUCUCUCCCACGCUCCUUCUCCAUUCCCAAGACCUACCUUUCCUGGCCUCUAGUCUCCACCCCCAGUGCCUGAGGGAGGUAGCUAUGUACAGGAUUGCUCCACCAAAAGAAUGUGACCCCUCCCGCAUGGCUACACUGCGCCACCUCAGCUAAAAAGCCAGUCUCCUCUACAACCCACUAGCCUUCAGACUUAAGGACAGGUACUAUUGCUUUGUGCAUCCAGCAGCAGUGUUAUGCGUUCAAGCACUUUUCAAACUAGGUAGGAGAAGGUUCCUCCCCCUGCAAGCAAACUGUCCUCCUUAGGUGAUUUUAAAUGUUCUCUCUAGUCUAAGUCAAACCAGCUUCAGUGGUGUCUGUCAUACAUACGUACGGCCUACUUUUAUAAGGACACCUCUGCUUUCUCCCUGCUUCUUAAUUGUGUCUCCCUGUUACAGGAUUUAGCAAUCUAGCUACACAAUUAGGUCCAAAAAUUUGGUACUGGGAUAUCCAUAUCUUGUCCUCUGAGAGUAUAAAGUUACACCUGCACAAUCAGCAUUAAAGCUGAGGAUCAUUUAAAGGGGCCUCCAAAGGUAAGAAGAAAAGUGAUUUUUGCCCUCUUUUGGUGCUUUUUUAAAGAUGUAUAACAAAGGCCUGCUUGUUUUGGUGUCAGAAAUGCACUUUUUUUUGUAUCCUGGAUGGUUGAACCACUGGAAAACUAGUAGAAGAGUGUCAAAACAAGUGCUAAGACAGUGAAACCUGCUUGAGAUGGGGAGAGUUUUAACCACUGAAUAAAGCUUAUUUUCCUCUGCACUUUCUUUGUACAAGUAUCUGAAAAAAGUUGGAAGGGAAAAAAAAACCCUCAGCUUCCACCCCUCCAGUUAAGUUUUAAGAGAACUCAAUAAACAAGACCUCCAACAACCUCUCUAGCAAAAUUCCCUCCUCCCCCCAAAAAAACCCUUUUAUAUUCCUAGUUUACAAAACAAAGGAAAAAACCUCUUGGAUCUUUUCAUGUAUCAUAAAAAGCGGUAUGGGCUAGGAGUGCACACACAAGUGUGGUGUCUGAUUUUUCAG